AAUAAAUCCACAAGUCACCUAUUGUACUUAUCUUUUCUCUACUUUUGGUUCUCAUAUAAAGCCAUCGAUCGUAUUCGAGAAAUUCAAGCCACAGAACUUCCUCUAGUAGCAACCUUAGCCUCAAAUCUUUAGAAAAAAUGUUGACUGUUCCAGUAGCAACCUUAGCCUCAAAUGGCAGAACCAUUCCUCUUGUAGGCUUUGGCACCGCUGAAUUUCCUUUCAACACGACUGAAUCUGUAGAAAAAUAUUUUCUCCAUGCAAUUCAACUCGGCUAUAGACAUUUUGAUGCUGCUGCACUCUACGGGACCGAGCAAUCUCUUGGCGAAGCCAUAGCCGAAGCUUUACAUCUUGGUCUCAUCACAUCACGCGAUGAGCUUUUCAUCACUUCCAAGCUUUGGUGCGGCGAUGCACACCGUGACCUUGUCCUCCCUGCAAUAAAAAAAACUCUCAAGAAUCUUGGGUUGGAGUAUCUUGAUCUAUAUCUCAUUCAUUUUCCGGGAAGCUUGAAACGGGGCACAGGGUUUCCAUUUAAAACAGAAGAUAUUGUGGCGAUGGAUAUAGAGUCUGUGUGGGAGGCCAUGGAGGAGUGUCAAAAGCUUGGACUUACGAAAUCCAUAGGAGUCAGCAACUUUUCCUGCAAGAAGCUUGAGAAAUUACUUGCCUCUGAAAAAAUCCCUCCGGCUGUCAAUCAAGUGGAGAUGAACCCAGUUUGGCAACAGAAGAAGCUGAGAGAGUUCUGUGAGGAAAAGGGCAUCCAUAUAACGGCUUACUCGCCGUUGGGAGCCAAAGGAGUAGUUUGGGGAACUAACAGAGUCAUGGAUUCUCAAGUGCUGAAAGAGAUUGCAAUUGCUAAAGGAAAGACAGUUGCUCAGGUUUCUCUCAGGUGGGUUUAUGAGCAAGGAGUAAGUUUAGUUGUGAAGAGCUUUGACAGAGAAAGAAUGAAAGAAAACCUUGAGAUAUUUGACUGGCAGUUGAGUGCUGAAGAACUUCAGAAAAUAGAACAAAUUCCACAGAUGAGAGGGAACAUCGUUCAGCAAUUUGUGUCAGAGAAGGGUCCUUACAAGUCCAUUGAAGAGAUCUGGGACGGAGAAAUUUAAGGUCAAUUUACUUUGUUGUGACUUCAAUGCAAACUAUGUAUUUUUAGUUGUAUUUAUAUUUACUAUGCACUCCCAUAAUAAGCUCAGAAUUAAACUAA